AUGACGUUGAACGAAGUGCACGAAGGUGCUCCCUGCCAGGCUUCCGAUGCCGAAAAGGCGAUGGUCAAAGAGGAAUUGGGCUAUGUACCCAAUAAUCUCGUUAAGGUUAGCGCCUUCGUAGAUACCAAGGGCUGCACGUCGCGCACUUGCGAGUCCGAGGGCCACCGCCCUGCCGCUUUGCUGCUCUAUCCGUUGCGCAAUGCUGAGGACGCAUACAAGAAGAAACAGCGGGCCAAAGUGGAGCCCUUCCCGACCAUCUACUGGCUGGCCUCCGCUGAGCUGAAGGCCAGAGUAUCCACGCUAGAGGACCAGCAGUUUGUGCUUUCACUGCAGCAUCGACUGGACACGGACCAAGCUGCUAAAGAGAGAAUGGCCCAGAGUCACCGCGAAUACGCAGAGCAGCGCUGGAAUAUGAUGACUCCACACGAUCUAGAGCUUGUCAAGGGCCGACGCUGGGAGUUCGUCCUGCGUGACGUGGGCAUCGCUGGUAUCCGCGACUUCACCAACGUCAAGUGUCUACACACGCACUACGCACACUACCUGGCCACAGGCAACAACCAAAUCGGAGAGUGGGUACAGGAGCUCCUGGACACCCCAGCGACUUGAGCGGACAGAAGUGCUCUCGUCCCGCCAAUGGAUCGCGUAGCCGCUUUUUAAUGAAAGAAAAAUAAUCAUUCGAAGCUACUUU